UUCUGGUUUACAUGCUCAUAUAGAUUUUCCUGUGUUUUUCCUUUGACCAUUUCAGCAAGCAUCUGUAUACCACCGCCAGUCAUCUGGAAACCUCUUCACUUUUAACCUUUAUGUGGCAUUUCCCUGGACGUGGGCUUUUCGUACACAUCAUUGAUUUGAGGACAGGGAGGGAAAGCUGCUGCCCUUGGCUCACUCUGACUUCUUCCCAGGAGGAGGUGCCGACCUCAUUGGCCAGAGUGCAGAUUGGUGUGGGAACAGAGUGGUGGACAAGAUGCCCCAUCCCUACCUUCCUGGAGUUCAUGCUUUUGUGGGAAGGUCAGAUAAUAGCAAAUCAUCCCAUAAACGUGAAACGACAAGUUGAGAUAGCUGCUUUGAAAGGAGAGGAAGGCUGGUGUGAUUUUGAUGGUGAGAGUGCCUACGUGGGGAUGAGUGACGGAAACCCAGAGCUCCUAUCAACCAGCCAGACCUACAACAGCCAGAACGAGAGCAACGAAGACUAUGAGAUCCCCCCAAUAACACCUCCCAACCUCCCCGAGCCAUCCCUCCUGCACCUGGGGGACCACGAAGCCGGCUACCACUCACUGUGCCACGGCCUCACGCCCAACGGGCUGCUCCCUGCUUACUCCUACCAGGCCAUGGACCUCCCAGCCAUCAUGGUGUCCAACAUGCUGGCCCAGGACAGCCACCUGCUAUCGGGCCAGCUGCCCACGAUCCAGGAGAUGGUCCACUCAGAGGUUGCUGCCUACGACUCGGGCCGACCAGGGCCCCUGCUGGGCCGCCCGGCGAUGCUGGCCAGCCACAUGAGUGCCCUCAGCCAGUCCCAGCUCAUUUCUCAGAUGGGCGUCCGGAGUGGCAUCGCCCACAGCUCCCCGUCACCCCCAGGGAGCAAGUCGGCGACCCCCUCUCCCUCCAGUUCAACUCAGGAGGAGGAGUCGGAAGCGCAUUUCAAGAUGUCGGGAGAAAAGAGACCCUCUGCCGACCCUGGCAGAAAGGCCAAGAACCCAAAGAAGAAGAAGAAGAAGGACCCCAAUGAGCCACAGAAACCUGUGUCAGCCUACGCGCUUUUCUUCAGAGACACUCAGGCCGCCAUCAAGGGACAGAACCCCAGUGCAACCUUCGGGGAUGUGUCCAAAAUCGUGGCCUCCAUGUGGGACAGCUUGGGAGAGGAACAGAAGCAGGCCUACAAGAGGAAGACCGAAGCAGCGAAGAAGGAGUAUCUGAAGGCUCUGGCAGCCUACAGGGCCAGCCUUGUCUCCAAGAGCUCCCCCGACCAGGGUGAGACCAAGAGCACUCAGGCGAACCCACCGGCCAAAAUGCUCCCACCCAAGCAGCCCAUGUACGCCAUGCCAGGCCUGGCCUCCUUCCUGACGCCGUCCGACCUGCAGGCCUUCCGCGGCGGGGCCUCCCCCGCCAGCCUUGCCCGGACGCUGGGCUCCAAGUCGCUGCUGCCGGGCCUCAGCGCGUCCCCGCCGCCGCCCCCUUCCUUCCCUCUCAGCACCCCCCUGCACCAGCAGCUGCCCCUGCCGCCCCACACCCAGGGCACCCUCCUCAGCCCACCUGUCAGCAUGUCCCCAGCCCCCCAGCCUCCCAUCCUGCCCGCUCCCAUGGCACUCCAGGUGCAGUUGGCCGUGAGCCCCUCACCUCCAGGGCCACAGGACUUCCCUCACAUCUCUGAGUUCCCCAGUGGUUCCGGAUCCCGCUCCCCUGGCCCAUCCAACCCCACGAGCAGCGGAGACUGGGACAGCAGUUACCCCAGCGGGGAGUGUGGCAUCAGCACCUGCAGCCUCCUCCCCAGGGAUAAAUCGCUCUACCUCACCUAAGCCCGCCUCCCUCUCCUCCCUGAGGCUUGCUGGAAGGGCACUGCUCAGAGCCUGAAGGGCUGACAGCAGAAAAGAGGCCUUGGCAGGAAGCAGGGUGCCGGAGAAGAGAGAGCAGUGACACGACCAUGGCCCCGGGCUGAGUCUCUUCCUCAACCUCCCACCAGACUCUGCAGAGGCAGCGCACCGCCCACCGCCAGCCCAAAGAACCUGCAGGAACCUUCCGCCCCCUGACCUGCUUGCUCCAGGGUUACUGUGGACCCUGCUGCUCGCCCUGCCACCGUACCCUACGUCUGGACGUCUGGCCCCAGCCCAAAGUCGCGUGAGCCGCCCCUGGACGGAUCGCUCUGCAGCAGAAACCCGCCCCCAGAUGCACAGGGCAGGGGCCAGCUCAGCCCCAGAUGUGCAAAUACGGUUUUACAGUGCGAACAAGACAUUAUGAAACUCAUAAACUUGGCUUCGUGUAAGUACUAGUUGACUAAGUGUUUUAGAAACUGUGCU